GGCUGCAGGUGCUGCAGCAUGGCCUGGAACUCGGAGUCGUAGCGCUGGUUGAUGUCGUCCCCGAUGAUGGCAAGCUGCCGACCCACCUGCCCCAUGGUGCUGGAGGAAUGGGAGCCAGGGCUCAACCUGGACUGCACUCCAGCUUCUGAGGCCACCUGUACUGGGUGGGAAGAUGCCUUCCUCCUUUAUCUGAGUGAGCUGAGGAAGCUGUCUCCACAGUACCCCCCUUCACGCCCCUCCUCCACCACACCGCAUACCUGCUCUCCUGUCCCCAGCCCGUUUUCCUCUUUGCUUGGUCUUGGCCACAGCCCCGAUCUGCUCUGUGAACCCUCGACAGAGGGAGUAUUUCCUGGACGUGACUGUUUCACUUUCAGUUUACACCCCUUCAUACCCACCCCUCCCAAAGCUGCCUCCAUCAGCCUUUUGGGGAAGUAUACCUCCUCCCACCCGUGCAGAAGGUGCAAUUCGUGCAAUUCGACCGGACCGGGGACCAAGCACAGCCACUGCCUUCUCUCAGGGAGGACCGGAGUACCCUCCCCACCUUCCUCCUGCCUCUGGCCUGGGGCCAUUUUCAAAAGUGCCCCAGGGCAAGAAGUCUCAAGAAGGGGAGGGGGAGAGCACUCCACCCCUCCACUUACUGGGGGCAGGGAGAAGAAGGAAGGGAGAAGGCAGACCCUCCCCUCCUUCAGCCCUGCCUGCCAGCAAGAAACAGACCUUUGCUUGGCACAACCCCAUCCCUGCUGCUCCUUCCGGAAAAAGAUGCCCUUCCCUCUUCCGUGGUCCCAUGCCCCGCACCCCCCAGCAAACCCAGCACCCCCGGGACAGCAGGACCGGAGGAUGCUGACUGCACCUCCAACUCCAUCGACCGCUACCCAAGGGGGUCACAGCUGGGGAGUAGGUGGGGGCGUCAGAGCGGUCCCCAGGGCCAGAGGCCUCUGCCGCCCUGGGCCUACCCCUGCCCUCAUCCAAGUGGCCUUCAUCAGCCUGACUUCCUGGGGAAGCCAGGAGGUGCUGGGCAACGUGUCCAAGAAGGAAAAAAGAGAAGAGAAGGAGGAGGCAGUCGGGGAAGCCUCCGGGGAUACAAGGACCUCAGACAGGGGCCACUUUGCCCAAGCCUUGGAGGUGAAACAAGGAUGCCCACAGAGGGCCAUGGGGCCACCGGAGGUCAGCCCCAAGACCUUCACCAGGGAGGAGGAGAAGGAGUGUCUGCUGGACGGAGACUUCAGGCUGGCCUCCUUGAAGGUGGGGGCAACUCCUUGGAACCGCCUCCUCACCUUGUACAAGCAGCUUCAGAAAUCAGCCAUGGCCAAGUUUCCUCUCAAGGAAGGCUUGCCUGAUGAGAAAAGUAAGGAAGAGGAAAUGGAGGUAGAGGACAGCUCAUUCAAGCUCUGUGUCCCAGGCAUUGUCACCCUGCAGUCACCGCUGCAUAAGACUUUCAGGUCAACAGACACAGUGGGUUUCGUGGAGUCGGAGUUAAAGAAGCUUCUGGCAGUGCAGCGGGACUCCCGCCUCUGGAAGGUGGGAAGCCAUGAUGGCCAGGAGCUGCUGACCGAGCCAGAGAUCACCCUGGAGGAGGCGGGCAUUGUGAACGGUCAGAGAUACCAGACUGAGGGGGAAAGAAGCCGCCCCCCAGCCUUUGGGGAAUGCUGGGGACCUAGGGGAGGGGCGCUGAGGCAGCGGAAGCAACACCCUAGGCUGAAGGGAAGGGUGCAGAGCCCCCUUGGUGUGGUGUCCAGGACAGAGCACUUGCUCCUGGAGGAGAUGGACGAGCUGGGGAACUGGCCCCCCGAGUGAAGCUGGUGCCAACCCGAGUCUGCCCUGCUCCCGGAUCCCCGCAGCCUGAAGCGGGAGUUAGCCUCCCACUCUGUGGAGGCACAUCCGAGGCGCCCCCAGGGCCAAGGGAUCUUGAGAUCACUGGUAUCCAUGUGUCCGCAGGGUGGGCCUGCCCAGCAGAACGUCCCCACCCACCAGACUCAAGCCUGGGUUCUUAAUAAUAAAACCCACUUUGACUUUG